AUGAUUUCCAACAGCACCUCGUCGGACGGCGAUCGCUUCGCCGCGUGCUGGCGAUAUCAGGAAUGCGGCGACUGCAUCUACUCACCUCACGGCUGUGGAUGGUGCGCCGUCAGCCAGAGCUGCGUCCCCGCGAAGAACCUCUUGGAACCCAUCUCCAACGCAGCCAUCUGUCCUCUGUGGUCCGAGAGAUGGGAAUUGCGAACAGGCGCACUCGGAUGCGCAUGUUCGACUACCACAUUACUGAGCGUCGUCAUCACCGUGAUCGCGACUAUCGUCGGUCUGGCUGUCCUCUGCGGGCUAGGGCUGGCUGUUAGCCGCAUUAAUCCUUUCCUGGGUACGGGACAGGUCACAGGAACUGAGCUCGAGAUGAAAGGAGACGGCACGCGACAUGAGAAGCAAUGGGUGCGGGAUACCUGGCCGAAAUGGCUGUACAGACAGUUCGCAAGGCCGGAUUUGAAUAAGCACAGCGAACAGGAAGAGAUCACAGAGCGCUCCAGAUUGCUUGGAUGA